CCCAGGAGACAAAGGCUUCAGAGGACCGUCACGCCAAAUAUACCACAAUUACACUGUAGCAGGUUACCCUGGUGAACCUGGCCCCCAAGGUCCAAGGGGAGCACCAGGAGACAUUGGAGAGAUGGGCAUUAAUGGACCUCCGGGACCACCAGGGAUAUUAAACUCCACAGGUCAACCAGGGCAGCUAGAUUACCCCGGUCUCCCUGGUCCUAAGGGUUUAAAGGGGGAGCCAGGCAGGUACUACACUAUAGAGCCAAUACCAGGACAACCAGGGGAAAGAGGGCGUCCCGGAGCCAAGGGGGUCAGAGGCCGUCCAGGCAUUUAUUGUGUUCCUGGUGAGCCGGGUGUACGAGGAGAUGAUGGCGAUACCGGAUAUCCAGGAUUAAUGGGAUACAAAGGAGAAAAAGGCUACAACGGUGAGUGUGAGUGUACGUACGAGAAUGGUCAAAGAGGGAUCCCAGGUCCUCCGGGCCCCCGCGGACCCAUAGGGUAUGACGGGCUGCCAGGGCACAGCGGAGAGAAAGGUGACCAUGGAUAUAAUGGGGACCCUGGCUCACAAGGAUCCCAAGGAAACCCAGGCAGGCCUGGUUACAAUGGAGUGAAGGGACAGAAGGGAGAGUCCUAUGUGAUCAACUAUAAAGGUGCGAAGGGUGACCCUGGCUUCAAUGGCCCCAACGGACCGUUUGGGGCCGCCGGUCGGCCAGGAUCCGAUGGCUUCCCUGGCGCUGUGGGAGACCCCGGACCCCMGGGUGACGGUUACGGGAGCUCGGUAGGUGACAAAGGCUACCCAGGGCUCCAUGGUCCUGAAGGCCCCCCAGGCAGACCGGGCCCCCCAGGCCCUGGUGCUCCAGGCCAUCAUGGCCACCAAGGGCCCCCAGGGGACGUGGGCCUCCCAGGACCCCCUGGACAAACUGGACAACGUGGACCUCUAGGCGAGGUUCUGCCCUGUGGCCCUUACAACCCUGGCCUACCUGGCUUAAAGGGUCUACUUGGGCUCCCAGGGAAUCCUGGGCCACCAGGACCACUUGGUUUCCCAGGUCCCACAGGUUCCCUUGGACCUCAAGGCAUGAGAGGAGAUGACGGGACAGAUGGAGGAACUGGACCACCAGGACACCAAGGAUGUGUUGGAGAUAAUGGUGACCCUGGUCAACCUGGAAUCAACCUGGACGGACCACCAGGACUCCUGGACCACCAGGCUCUCCAGGCUGGCCGGGACCUCCAGGAACACCUUCAACACCGGACCUGUCCCAUGGGUCCACCUGGACUACCUGGGUUACUGGGACCCAAGGGAGGUCCUGGUUUGCCAGGCAUCCCUGGGCCUCCAGGGGGACCAGGCCCGUAUGGAGGUGUGGGUUACAAGGGGUCAGAAGGAGACACUGGGGACCCAGGACCGAGCGGUCCUCCAGGGCCAAUAGAAUGUAGAGAGAAAGGAUCUGUUGGCCCACCGGGAGCCUCAGGACCACCAGGAGUCAGGGGCCCAUCGGGUUUCCGUGGUGAUAAAGGACAUAAGGGUGUGAUGGGUCCUCCUGGACGUGGAGUGAAGGGACCAGCAGGGAUCCCCGGGCCUCCAGGUCCCCCGGGCCCCGUUGGUGCCAAGGGUUUCAGUGGGUCACCAGGUGACCCGGGCUUCCCUGGUGUAACAGGGACCAAAGGGCCCAGGGGAUAUCCUGGUAGAGAUGGAUCGGCUGUUCCUGGUACACCGGGUCGGCCUGGAAACCCAGGAUCCCGAGGGAGGCAAGGGGAAAGGGGUUUUACAGGACGUGACGGUCARGAUGGAGACCAGGGGUACAAAGGAGCCAAAGGUCAUAGAGGUCCCCCCGGAAGUCCUGGACCAGUAGGAGUCAUAACCAUUAAAGGACAGAAGGGCUCUGAAGGACCACCAGGAGAGGACGGUUUCACUGGAGCCAGAGGUUCCAAGGGCUCAAGUGGGUCACCAGGUAAACCAGGGGGGAAUGGACAGGAUGGUCCCCCUGGAUAUGAGAAAGGGCUCCCAGGACAACCUGGCAGACCUGGUCUCCCCGGACCCCCCGGACCUCGAGGAGCUAAAGGCUUGAGUGGUAUAGUUGGUUUCCCUGGACCAGUCGGUGAUAAGGGGGACCCUGGGCACACGGGACCUCCUGGGAACCCAGGCCUUCCAGGAGUGACAGGCUUAAAGGGUGACCCAGGAGACUCCAUAGGGCAACCAGGACUACCUGGACCACCGGGUCCUCCAGGAGAAAGCAGAACCAUAGAUUCAAAGGGGGACCCAGGAGAUCCAGGGGCGCAGGACCCAGAGGAUCACCAGGCAGCCUGGUGUCCACGGAGCCAGAGGCCACUGGGUGGCCCAGGUUUCCCUGGUCCUCAGGUCCGCCGGGUCGUCCAGGCCCCCAGGGCCUCCCGGAGGAAUUCUCGGAGGUCAAGGACCAAGGGCAAUCCUGGACUGCCCGGUCCUACAGGUUUCYCAGGACCCCCAGGUUUGCAUGGUCUGAACGGGCUACAAGGCCAGAAAGGAGAGAAGGGAGCAAGAGGACCAGAUGUGUUGGGCCCACCAGGGCCAUCUGGGUUCCCCGGAUUCAAAGGUCACACAGGCUCCCAGGGACCCCCGGGAACUUCUUMCCCCGGACCUAAAGGCCUAAGGGGCCCUCCAGGCUACCAAGGACCAAAAGGAGUCACUGGUGAGCCUGGUGGUUCAGGUGGAGAGUGCACAGAAUGUCACAGAGGACCCAACGGAGAGCCAGGAUACCAAGGCAUUCAUGGACCUCCAGGACCACCCGGUGAACCGGGUCCUGCUGGUACUGCAGAGCCAUCUCCAGGAGACCCAGGCCCCCAAGGGCCACCAGGGCCCAAUGGCCAUAAAGGACAGAGAGGCCCCCCAGGACCCCUAGGGCCAACAGACUACUCAGGAUCACAAGGACCCAAAGGUGCCAGAGGCCCUGUGGGUCACAUGGGCYCCAACGGAAUAAGAGGUCGUCCAGGCGCCUACGGCCUCCUGGGGCCCAAAGGUGACAAAGGCAGACCUGGGGAUGCAGGUCCCAAAGGCCUGCCCGGUCAGGUUUUGGAUGAUGUCUUUACCACUCAGGAACCMCACCGUGGGAUCCAUGGCCCCUCAGGUCCAUCAGGUCCAAAUGGGAACCCGGGAAAGGCUGGGCCYCGUGGGAACCCUGGGCCUCACGGUCCUAAGGGCCCGGCUGGGUCACGAGGGCCCCCAGGGAGAAACGGACCUCCAGGUCCACCUGGAUCUUUAGGAGACCCAGGCGAUCAUGGACAGCAAGGUUUUGUGGGACAUCAGGGUCCUCCGGGUUCUCAGGGUGACCGUGGCUACCCCGGUUCCACUGGCUCUGUGAGUUCAGGCUUCCUGCUGGUGAUCCACAGCCAGUCGGUAGAGGUCCCUGUGUGUCCCGAGGGCAGCAGCCCCCUGUGGACCGGCUACAGCCUGUUCUACCUGGAGGGGCAGGAGAGGACACACACACAGGACCUGGGCCAGGCCGGCUCAUGUCUGCGUAUCUUCAGCACCAUGCCCUUCUCCUACUGCAACACAGGUACCUGUGACUACGCCAGCCGCAACGACAAGUCCUACUGGCUUUCCACCACCGCUGCCGUGCCCAUGAUGCCCGUGUCGGGCCACGACAUCCGCGCCCAUAUCAGCCGCUGUGUCGUGUGUGAGACACCCUCGCCCGCUGUGGCAGUGCACAGCCAGGAUUAUAUCGCCCCCACCUGCCCCCCUGGGUGGAGGAGUCUGUGGGCUGGCUACUCCUUCCUCAUGCACUCUGGAGCGGGCGACGAUGGUGGCGGCCAAUCUCUGACCUCAUCCGGCAGCUGCCUGCAAGACUUCCGUGCCCAGCCCUUCGUGGAGUGCCAGGGCCCGCGGGGCACAUGCCACUACUUCGCCAAUGUCUACAGCUUCUGGCUGACCCACGUUUCCCUGGACGAGCAGUUUGGCCACGGCCCCGUCCCUAGCGUGUUGAAGGCCGCCGAUCAACAGCGCCAGCAGGCCAGCCGUUGCCACGUGUGCACCAAGGGCUGAACACCUUAUGUCACCUCCUAUUUCUUUUCUUAAAUAGUUUUUGUUUGUUGGUAAUUUUGUAUGUUUAUUGGAUUGACGGAGAAGAGCGUGUUCUGAACAGGCAGUAGGACAGAUUUCAAUCCAUACUGGCAGUGGCCAGCGGCUCCAGACCACUAGACCACCCCAGGCCACGUCACCUCCUAUUUCAUCCAUAAGUCAAGUUGCCUCAUAAUAUGAUUACCAAACUACCCGUGACCCCACUACAUCACUGUCCCAAUGCUAUGCUAUGCUAGCCCUGUCAGCGCCCAGUCCCACUUGUGAACUUGUCAGGAAUACAUACAAUCAUUAUCUACCAUUUACCAUUUUGACUAUGGUGGCUAGUUUAACGAAACCAUAGUGUGGAUUGCAGUCUAUACUAGUCCAUAGGCCACUUUCAAGGGAAGGAAACAUCUAUCAAGUGUGGAGGAUGAUGUCAUUUUGCUGAACUAUCCCUUUAACUGACUUCCUGAUGGAGGCCAUUGGCCAGGUCAUAGACGGGUUGGUUGUUUAGCAACAAAACCGACGCGUGUGCAACUAUGGGGCAAAACAGACGUGGUUGGCUUAGAUGGUUGACAACAUGGAAACUAUAUUUCAUCUCCAGUGUUUAUUGAAAACGUAAAUGAAUGUGCUCAAUGUGCACUUGUUGUCUCUCAAAUACGUUAGUUAUUGGUUAGCUAGCGAAUUUGAGCCAUAUUAGCAUCGACGUGACAAUCAAAA